UGCUGUUAUUUCCUGCUCUACAUUCUAUACUCUGAGAGUAAAAGGCAUACAUUUAAUGAGUUUAUGAUGUCUCUGUUACUUAUACUGGCUCUGCUGAUCCUCAUUACGAUACCAGGAAUCGAUGUUUUCACUUCUGUUACGGUGCAGACGGGUGGGGAUGUUUUUCUCAACAUCUCAGAAGCGGAUGUUCCCAAAGACUUUCACCUUCUUAUUUGGAAAUUCUUCACAGAUGAUGUGUUGGUGUCUUUCUGGCCAAGCGGAAAACCAAAUGUCCGCAUUGCUUAUGCUGGAAGGAUUGACAUUUUAGAAAGAAAAUACUCUAUAAAACUAAAGAAUCUCCAAAAAUCUGACGUUGGACUUUACAUGGCGAUGGUAACGGCAAAGUCAGAACAAAUAAUAAGUAAAUAUAAUGUCACAGUUCAAGAUCCAGUGUUUCCAGUGGAUCUGGUCAUUGACUCCGUGUCCAGCGCCUCUUCCUUAUGUAACCUAACAGUGACGUGCACCACCAAGGACUCCAGCAUCAGCACCACUGUUAGAUAUGCAGAAGGACUCUCUGAACUCUCAGUCUGUCUGGUGAAGAAAGUCGUCUUCUCAGUCGGUCUCAUCAUCAUGGCGUCGGCUGUCAUUGGCGUCCAUCUCAUGCAAAAAAGUUUCAUUGGACUCAUGAAGUUUGCCACCAUGUUGUUGACGGUCUUAAUUGUUGCAGUUUUAUUAUUUUUUGGCAUAAUUUUUUGGUAG